UUGCUGCUGCUGCUGCUUCUCGAUUCAAAGUCAAGUGUAGUUUAAUCCGAGUCACAUCUCUGGAGCGGAGCCGCUAAAAACACUGCUCCUCUCCCCGAAACACAGCUCAGUUUGUCGGAUAUAAAGUGUCCGGAGGAGGCGGUGAAAACCUGGAGGAUUAACGUGUUUUUAUUUUGUAGUUUUUAUUUCUUCUCUGUGCCAUGUUUUUGUAACGCCACGCGGAUUAUUAGUGGAUGAAGCCCACACCUGCAGACGUUCCACUGUGAAGCAGGAUGAACGGAUAUGAAACUCCAGCUCUGGCCUCGGGCAUCUUCGGCUCCUACAGUUCACACAUCAAUGGCCAUGACUCUCAGUCUCCUGAGCCUCCUAAACAUAAAGCCAAGUCCAGUGCCAAAGCUCUGUACGAACAAAGAAAACAUUACACCAAAAACAGCAUCAACAGCCUGACGGACACGUCACAGUAUCAUGUGGAGCACCUGACCACGUUCGUGUUGGACCGUAAAGACGGGAUGAUCACGGUGGACGACGGGAUCAGACGUCUCCGCCUGCUGGACGCUAAAGGGAAAGUCUGGACUCAGGAGAUGUUGCUGCAGGUGGAGGAGAAGACUGUCAGCCUCAUCGACCAGGAGACCAAGAACGAGUUGGAGAAUUUCCCCGUCGGGACGAUCCAGCACUGCCAGGCCGUGAUGAACGCCUGCAGCUACGACUCCAUCCUGGCUCUGGUGUGUAAAGAGUCGGGUCAGACUAAACCAGACCUCCACCUGUUCCAGUGUGACGACAUCAAGGCGAAUCUGAUCCACGCAGACAUAGAAAGUGCCAUCAUCGAUGCCAAAGGAGGCAAAGUGAAGAAAAGACCUGAGACUCUGAAGAUGAUCCUGAAGAGUGACGGGAUCAUCCCCCCUCCCCCUCCUGCUCCAGCUCCCGAACCCCCGGCACCGUCAGACCAGGUGGACGUGAAGAGCCGAGCGGCCGCCUGGUCGGCCUGGACCAAUGAGCAGCAGGACUAUGAGAGGCAGCGACAGAUCUCGGAGGACGACGGGCCAGUGGAGAUGACGGCGGCCAGAGUGGACAGAGACGUGCAAAUCCUGAACCACAUCCUGGACGACAUCGAGUUCUUCGUCACCAAACUUCAGAAGGCAGCCGAGGCUUUUAACGAGCUCUCCAGGAGGAAGAAGUCCAAGAAAGGGAAGAAGAAAGGUCCAGGAGAGGGCGUCCUGACUCUGCGCUCCAAACCUCCUGGUGAGGACGAGUUCGUCGACUGUCUGCAGAAGUUCAAACACGCCUUCAACCAGCUGGGGAAACUGAGGGACCACAUCCAGAACCCCAGCGCCGUGGAUCUGGUUCACUUCCUCUUCACUCCUCUCAGGAUGGUGAUCCAGGCGUCGGGCAGCGUGGAUCUGGCUCGCAGCGUCGUGGUUCCUCUGUUGACCAGAGAGGCCAUCGACUUCCUCCACUCCUCAGGGACAGCAGAGGAGAGACACCUGUGGGUCGCCCUGGGAGACGGGUGGACCAAAUGCAGGUUGGAGUGGCCGAAGGAUCAUUACUUCCCUCCCUGUCCGCUGAGGUUUCGUGACGGCUGGGAGCCUCCGGCGCUGCUGACGGCGACGACGGCUCCGAGUCGAGAGCAGGAGCUGACUCAUCUGGCCGAGAGUCUCGCCAACGCCGAGAUCCAGAGACAAGAGGAGGUGAAGCUCAGACUGGCCCAGGAGUCGGCGGUGCAGAGGUUCCCUCCUGCAGACGGGUACGCCUUCUCCAACACCUCCUACAAACGCAUGCAGAUCCUGGAUCAGGACACGGCCAUGGCUGCUUUUAAACACGCCGUCAGCCGCCAUGUAGACCGAAGUUUUGAUGCCGACACCAGAGGCCAACCAAAAAUGUUUGCCAAAUCAAAAUAUGACUUUGUGGCGAGAAACAACACGGAGCUGUCUGUUCUGAAAGACGAGGUUGUUGAGGUUCUGGACGACAGGAAGCAGUGGUGGAAGGUUCGUAACGGCUGCGGGGCGUCGGGCUAUGUGCCAAACAACAUCCUGGACAUCACCAAAGCCUUGGACAUCACCGGCCGCGGAGAGCCCAUCUACAGCCACACCAUACAGAAACAGACGACCAGGACGGAUCCCCAGUACGUCCCCAGUAAACCAGCAGCGACUCCAAUGCCUCCAGCCCCCACACCACCACCUCCGGCCCCCGCCAGGCUCCCCACACCGCCGCUGCCUCCUCCGGCCGUUGAGCCCGCCAAACCAGCCGCCGCCAGCAGCAGCAACGCGGUCAGCCGCCAGAACAGCAACACGUCCAGCGACAACGGGAGCGUCGCCAUGAGAGACCACAGCAGCCAGAAACCUGCACCUGUCAACCGAAGGAAAUCCAACAUGGAGGAGGUCCAGGAUGAGCUGAUGCAUCGACUGACGUUGGGUCGCAGCGCUCAGAAGAAGUUUCAGGUUCCCUCUCGCAGCAGCAGCCUCCCGUCCAGCAGCAUCACCUACGACUCCUCACCUGACGAGGUCAAAGCCUGGUUAGAGGCCAAAGGCUUCAGCCCAGUCACCAUCACCAGCCUUGGCGUCCUGACCGGAGCUCAGCUGUUUUCCCUCAACAAAGAGGAGCUGAAGACAGUUUGUCCUGACACUGGAGCUCGAGUCUACAGUCAGGUCACCGUUCAGAAGGCUGCACUGGAGAGGAGUUCAGGCUCUGAGCUCCAGGAGAUCAUGAGGAGGCGGCAGGAAAAACUAGCAGCCAGCACCUGUGACUCAGGGGUGGAGUCUUUUGACGAAGGCAGCACCCACUGAGCUCCUCCAGGCUUCUUCCCUCCUGCCCUUCCUUCCUUCCUUCCCUCCUUCCUCCUUUGCUCUAUUAUUUUUCAAACUGCAGCCUGCUGUUUUCUCGCACUCUUGAUCCUCAGGCGGCGGCUGACCAUGCCGAGUUUGUGGAGAUCAUGCGACGCAGGCAGGAACUCCUCAGCUCGUCUCCGUAGAAAAUAAAAUUAAAAACCCGACCGGCCGACCGACCUCUGCACCGUCCAGUAUGUUCAGGACACAGAGGGGAUAUCCUGCCAUGUUUGCCUGAAGUUCAUGUGAACACUUUUGGGACUCUGGAUGUUGUUUUGUUGUUUUGUGAAGAAAAGCUGCUCAGUAGCUCAGUUUUCCAAAGUAAAGCCUCUCAGUAUUAACGUUAGGAGAAGAGCUGGUAGGUCGUCAGCUCCAGUCUGCGCCUCUCAUGUAUCUUUACACUUAAACAUCAGUUUUUCUAAAAGACAACACCACUUCCUGCUGUUUUAAAAGCAUUUCCAGAAUCUUCAGACCUCUGUCAAGACCAAAAUGUCCAAGUUGUGCAAUGUUAAGGAAAAUGAUGAAAAAUUUUGGAUUCGUCACUGGUCCACGUCCCAUCCCUCCACCAAGUUUGGUCCAAAUCAGUUCAGUACUUUUUGUGUAAUCUCUACAAACCAAUACACAGAUGUUUAAACCAUUUCCAAAGGUACAGCCAACCAACUGUGACAUAUCUUGAUUUCUAUGACAUAAAUUAAAAUUUUAAAGUUUUGUUAUUGACCCACAUCAUCUAAACUCUCGAAGUAGCAACGAUUCUCAGCUGUCAUAACAAUAUGUAAAGCAAUGGAAACUAGAGAACACCUGACAAACCUUUUCCUUUACAAACAAGAUCCUAUCUGAAAGUUGUGCGUAAGAUUUUACGGAGAGUUCCUGCAAGAUAAUGCUUUGUGAAAUUACAGACUGUAUAUGGUGCAGAUGAGAUGUUUCAGGGGAGCAACGUAGAAUCUAAGCAGAGUUUGACAAAGAUUGUCACAGAUUCUUCUCUAAGAAAAGCAGAUGUUCAUGACUGUAGUGAAAAUACCUGAGACACACAAACUGAGGCUGGUAAUUAGUGAUACCUGAUGUUAUAUUGGCUUGAAUAUAAUGUAGGAAAUACAUGGAUAGAAAGAUAAAUAUAACUGUACAUUUCAGAUUUUUUUGGGUCAAGAGUUAUGAUAUUCAAAGUAUAUAAUCUUUUUAUUUUAUGGUUACACCAAAAGUUUCAGUAAGUUAAUAUAAUUAACGAUAGAAGUGAUCGACUGUAACAGCAAAAAAAGUGAAAUUUAUUUCCUUAAAAUGCACAAGAACUUUAUAAUAAUGUGUAAUUUAUGAGCAUCAUGUGAUUUAGAGUUAAUCAAGUGAUCACAGAGAAAGAUGAUAUUAGAUUUGAUGAUCAGCAUUUUUGCACAAUAAUUGAUAAAAUGUAGAUGUUUCUCUGCAGGAGACAAGUGAAGAAUCAGACCUGUAAAAUGAUUCAUGUCUUUUAAUGGCUGCAGGCUGCUGUGCUCAUUCUCUGUACAGAUGCUAAAAAACUGUUUUCCUUUAAGAGGUCAAAGGUUGUCCAAACACUGAAAUGAAUGUUUGCUGACUCAGCGAUACUCCCACCUUAAAUAUGAUGAAUGUGUUUUCUUCAGGCCCCGCCCACAGCAACAGGUAGCCUCGUGUCCCAUUAGUCACCUUACAUCAUCAGGUCACCAGGUAGAUCAUCGACCAACAGACUGUAAAACAUGAAGCCGACUCUAUUAAUGACGACUGAAUGUUCAACUUAAAUAACACUCAACAGUCUCGCGGAUGACAGAUCAGUGCAAGAUUACUUUUUGUUUUGGCUGAAUUUGCUGUUAUUAAUGAAAAAUAUUUCACCUGAAUGAUUCAUGUAGAAUCAGAACCCACUUCCCGUUGAUAUGGGACUACGCUCAUCCACGUUAACUUUUAGCCCUCUGUGCCCUCUCACCCCUUUUCCACCAGAUCAGCUCUGGUUUUAAAACCAGUUCCAUUCAGGACUCUUAAAAACCUUGGUGUUAUCCAGUGAGCUAGCCUGUGUCUACACCAAUUCUGAGCUAAAGUACUGUAAUCAAGAAUGCUUCAGUUACAGAGGGUAACAGCAAUAACUAGAUGGCAGAUCGUAUUGAUUACCUCCAAACUUUUGUUCCGUUAUUACGACGACUCAGCAGAUCACUGCACGCUUUUGUUUUCCUACAAACUCUCUCAUGCCUUCUCUAUUAUUGCCUUCUCCACCCUUUCUCUGUAGAAUAGGACACGCCCACUGACCUCGUCGUGGUUCUCACUUGAAAACCUCCCAGAUUUUGGUUCCAGUUGCAAACUUUUCAUGUUCCAGUCGAAAUGCUGUGAACAGUUCAGGAAUAGAAUCAGAAUCAGAACCUGUUCCAUGUUGGUAGAAAAGAGUUCUCAGUGCUACUGAUGGUCAGAUGAAAUAUAAAGAUUACUGUGCUGUACAGUAGAUGUGACACAACUUUUUGAUACUUCACGUGCGUCUGACGUCAUUUAUUCAGACCUCAUCAGUUGAUAACUGAGUCUGUGUUUUCACAGUUUUUAGUGUCAUUAACUGUGUGAAGAGUUAAUGUAGAGUUUGAAUUGAACAAGAAGAAAUUUACUAUUUAGUCUCAGACUUUGUUCUUGAACUACAUUUUUCUCAUGUGAAACUUGCGCACAGAUACAAAUUUUGAUUUGGGCUCAGUGCAGAGUGAUUUUUAGUCUCAUUAAUGCUAAAAACUUGAGUUUUCAUUCAGAAAAAGAUAAAAUCAGUCCCUUGUUUUACAAAAAAAUGACUCAUCUGUGUUUAAGGACGUGUUCCUCUUCGCUUUUCUUCAGCCUCAUCAUGAGUCUCCAGUAAAUUUAUCCUGCAGUUAGCAGCUCCUCCUGCUCUGCAGUUCACACUGUGCAUAAAUGAAUGGAUAAUGAAAAUAACUGUUAUUUGCAGCCCUGCUGUGGAGAGCUGAGAGAGAGUUAAUAUUACACAUUGGUGCUGUUACUAUUUCAGUAAGUUGACUAAUGGGACAAAAACCUUAAAAGUUGAGUUUUGAUUCUGUAAAUUCUCAAAUCUUGGCUGUACUGUCAGCGGCAGAGAACCAAACUUUUCUUGCCCAGGAAAUACAAACUCUACUCUCUGCCAGUUUCCUGUUUAUUCAUAAAUUAAUUUCCACUGCAGUAGAACAGAGGAAUGUCAGACUCUACUUGUCAGUGAGUUCUACUCUGCUGUUUGUUCAGUCACUCUUAAGGGACUGUCAACACUUCACAUUAAAAGUCCUCUAGGGGCUCAAAGGGAAAGGGUCCUGUCUUCCCUGGUGGGCUUUUAUUGUGAAACUUCUGUGUUGAGUGUCACUGAUCAGUGAUUAGAAACAGAGCAGCAGAUUGGUGAGUGUGACAUGACUCUGUUGUUGGAAAUGAACCUUCAGCUGUUAAAGUUACAACUCAAUUUUUUUUUACCUGAUUUGUUCGCGCUGGCCACGAACUCACUCAGACUCUUCCGUUAUCUGAAUCCUGGCUCUUAUUUGAGAAUUUACAGUAAACUGUAAAUAUUUUCCUGCAAAAACCAGUGACCAGAAGCUGUUCAACUAAUAACACCACGACUGUUUCUGACCAGUUUUUAUGGAGCAGCCUGAAACACCAGAUUAUCCUCUAGCUGGAGAAAAUGUUAUAUAUAAAUUAUGUCUGUGUAAUAUAUGCUUGCAUAUAAGAUGUACAAAAAUCAGCCAGUGCAUUCUUGACUCACUGUGGCAUUGAUUGUAUUGAUUUUGUUUUCCACUUAUGCACUUAAGUUUUUGAGCCAACGAUUUGAGUGUAAAUCGUGGAGGAAAAAAAAACGAAUGAAAAAGUUUUUGUCUGAACUGUAGCACAACACUGUAACAACACUAAUGAUUAACGCUGAGUAGUCGACAGUUUCUGGAUAAUCGCUGUUGUUGAUGAGAGCAGAGUAAAGCUGCUGUAAGUAGUGAACUGUCCUCGUACCCAAACAGUUCUAGAAGCCAAUCAGAGAAAUUUAAAAAGCAUUUGUAUGUGUAUAGUUUUCAUGGUGCCUUUUCCAUAUAAAUCUGCUCAUUCUGCAAUAAAACAUUUACAAAAAUUA